AUGUCCGAUAUUGACAGCGACACGGUCUCAGUGCCUAUUGAGGAGCAACAGACACUCGAUCUCGUGCACCAACUUCUCCGAUCAUUUCAAAAUGGUCGAAGCGGCAUGGUCUUCGCUUGCGGGGGAAAAGUGCCCAUCCCCGUUGCCAACACCACAGCUCAACAAACUCCAAUGAAUAUGAGCUCAGCACCGAUCUGCCCACCCGUCAUUCUCCGCUGGGACCCCGGCUCGACAUCUAUCCCUGCCGCGGAGUGUAAGCUCGAGUUCCCUCUGGACCACUCUGUCAACACAACGGUGAACAACAUGAAGCAGUUGCUUCGGGACAUGCAGCCUGCCACCUAUGGAUACCAAGGUCAGGAUGUCCUAGACGAGUCAUACCGCAAGGCCUCCAAGCUUGACCCUUCUCACUUUGCGUGCACCUUCAGUCCCCACGAGCUAGGCAUCAUCGACGAGGUUGCGCGGAUCCUUCUGCCUGGAUUCGAGGAUAAGACCAAACCGAAAAAAUACGCGUACACGCUUUGCGAGCCACAGAUCCAGCCUGUUAGCGUGAUGCGAUCUGAGCUGUACAAGCUCAAUGUGUACGCUGGGCCGUCCGGUCACUUCAAGGCCCACGUCGAUACGCCUCGGUCGACCGAACAGAUCGGAUCCCUCGUCGUUUGCCUUCCAUGUGUCCACCAAGGCGGUCAGUUGGAGGUGCGCCACGAGGGUCGGACCAUGACGUUUGAUUGGAGCAUGCCUGAGACUGCCAGACCUGAGAUCCAGUGGGCUGCCUUCUACAGCGACUGCGAACACGAGGUCAUGGAGGUCACCUCCGGCCACCGGAUCACCUUGACAUACAACCUCUACGCGAGCUCAAUCACCGGCUCUCCACAGGUCGGCAAUGGCCUCCUGGAUUCGACUCAGCUCCAGUCCCAUGGCAUCCUUCACUCGCUUUUCCUCCAGGAGAACUUCAUGCCCGACGGCGGCUAUCUGGGCGUCCAUACUUCUCACGCAUACCCGCACACAAGCAAGUCGUCACGACUCCCUUCCACACUCAAGGGUGCUGACAUGGUCGCAUGGGAGACGUUCCGCUCCCUUGGCUGCGGUGUGAGGCUUCGACCCGUCGGCGAGCUGUCGGAGUUUGACCACUACGGACACAAGUAUGACGAACCAUGCCCUGCGGCGGACUUCACCGAUACGUCGUCUGAAGGCGAUCGCAGCCACACCGACAACGAAGAGCUGAUGUAUCCUCCCAGCGAACCGGAAGACAAAGAGGCUGACUCAGACGACGUGGACUCGGACGAAGUGAACUCGGGCGACGUAGACUCUUCCAAGGGAAGUGAUGACGACCAGCCCAUGGCUGAGAGUGGACCUCUGGCGAGCGGGUCUGACACGAACGCCGUGCACGCCUCGCAGCAAGAUGAAGGUGACCAGCCCAUGGCUGAGCAGCCGGGACCUCCAGCGAGCGGAUCAGAUCACUUGGUGACAGACUCGGUCGACACGCAAGCCGCACAGGUAGGUUACGGUGAUCAACCCAUGGUCGAAGUACCCAAGCCCUCGCCAAUCGGGCCUGAACGCUGGAUGAUCGACGCGGAUGAGGUGGAGGCUCUCCAGCAGGAGCUCAAGGAGUACCAGUCUCUGCCCAACAACGACUUUCAAGGGCUCGAGCCCGCAGGCCGUCUCAUUCCAAGACGCAAGAUAGACGAAAAGGACGAGGAGGUCGCCGAAGCCGAGUUCGAGAAGAUCGGACUGGAGGGCGGGUGCCGGGUCCUUGGCAACGGCCUAUCGUUCCACAUCGAUCGCAAUCUCAUCGAGGACGAUGUGGAAAUGGGAGCACUGUUGGAUCGUUGGAUUGAUCGAAAGGCAUCGAGACAGGAACGCACCGCGAAGCAGCCGGGUCGCGUGCUUUACGAGGAGGUUGCGUGGCUCAACCACUGCGGGAUUCACAAGGAGCCACAGAUCUCCUAUGGAAUUUACGGCAACGAAGCCGAGACUGCCAUUAUGUACUCAACUUGUGGUAUAGUGGCGGAGGUUCCUCCGUACACCACGCGCAAGGCACUGCUGCGAAAGGAGUAG